GUCAGACGCAGGUCACUUGCAUCAUCCCGAGUCGAGACAGGUGCAAGCACGUCGCGACAAAAACUCAUCUGAGGGAAACUCUGGGGGAGCAGGACCUGGCGUAACUCAAGGAGAGGGCGAGGGAGCAUAGAUUUUUUUUCCCUAGAAACACCGACGAGUCCUCCGGUUCGAUAAGGACGCCGAGGCCCGAAGCAGGAAGAAAUUGCCCUCUUUGCCUACCGCCCUCGUGCGGAGGAAGGGAGCUGAACGAAUGCAAACUGCGAGCGGGCCCUAGGAGAUAAGGACUUUCCGAAACGUGUACCGAAGGGGCGCCCAAAUUAUGUCGGGCCUUUCGCCGCCGCCGCCUUUGACGACAUCGUCGGCGUACGAACGCUCUCCCAGCGUGACCAAGGGCCCCCUCGCAACAAAGGCACAGAGGGCCUCCUCUUCCAGCGCACCUCUCUCCGCAUCACCACCCACCAUGACCGGGAGCGGCCUCGGCGGAAGCGGGCCCGGUGGCAGCGCCGUCCCCCGUCUGACCGAGCCGCCAAAGGGAAGGGCGCUGUCGUGUUCCGAGUGCAAGCGUCGCAAGAUCAAGUGCGACCGAGAGUGUCCCUGUGGUCCCUGUGUGCUGCGAAACGACCAGGCGCGCUGUAAGCCUGUCAUACGCUGGGAAGCUGGAUGCAGCUUGUCGGACUUUCAGAUUCUGCAGAAUCGUGUCAACGAGCUCGAGAGCAGGGUCAGUGUCAUUGACGCGCGGACGGGUGGACCGUCUUCAUCCUCGUCUUCGUCGUCAUCGGCCUCCGGCUCACAGGUGAUACCGUCAAUCAAGGAGAGUCAGUCACCGGCCCCGCCGGCCAUGUCGCACCAGCACCCCCAGUCCUCUUCGCAACACCCGGGACAGGGACAUGGGCAGGCACAAGCACAAGCACAAGCCCAGGCUCAAGUCAAGGACGGACAGAGAAAUGGAGGUCGAGAAGAUGAUGCCGUCAUGAUGCUGGAAGACUUCGCGAUGGGCAACCGUGCCAAUGCGAGGAGAGCGGCGCAAAAUCUGGCGAGGACAACCUCCGGGCCGAUACCAACCGUCUCUUCCGGAGGCACGGCCAGCAAUGCCAGCCAGGCGAACGCGCCCGGUGACAGUCCUCAGCCUGACAAUGCCGCCAGUCAACGCAGCGCAGACCCCGUCAUUGACGUCGCCUACCGUUUCCUCCGCCUGUCGCCCAGCGAGGAAAUCACACGCAGGAUGAUCGACUACUACUUUGACAAUGUCGACUGGUACUCCAAAUGUAUACAUCGGCCCUCAUUCAUGGCCGACUUGGAGGAGCUGCUGAGCUUACCGCACGAAGUGGCCGCCAGAACGAUCCGUCCCUCGUUCCUGUGCAUCCACUUCAUGGUCAUGUGUCUCGCUCUGCACCUCUGCGGUGGUCAAGAGACACACCAGUGGGGCAUGGACAUUCCUUCGGCCAACCAGCUCUGCGACCUCCUAUUUGCGGGCAGCCAGCAGCUGCUCUGGGCCUCGGACUUCAUUGGAUCUCACCAGCUCGAGCACCUCCAGGCCGUGUGCCUCAUGUCCGUCUACGCAUACAACGUCGACGAACAAGCCGAUGCCGCCUAUGCCCUCGUUGGCGCCUCGAUCAAGAUCGCUCAGAAUCUCUGUUUGAAUCGGAUGGACGAUCCCAAGUUUCACGAAAAGGAAAGGCAGAGGAACAUGAUCGUCUCGGCCGGCAGCAGCAACCCAGCGAACGUCGGCGAGGGACAGCAGAAUGUCAUUGAGCGAGAGCUCAGCAAGCGUGUCUGGUGGUACCUCGUCUGGCUAGACUGGAGCCAUGCGCUGAGCCAUGGAGGGAGCUACUGCAUCAAUCCGGCCCACAACAAGACGAACAUGCCUUCCAAUGUCGACGACGAUGACCUCAGUCCGCAAGGUCCUUUGAAGGUGAAGCCAAUGGAAGAGUACACUUCGACGAGCUUUACAAUUUGCCGCCUACGCUUCUUGCAGGUCUACCGCGAGACGAUUGACAUCCUCAAUCUGCCGGGCGGUAUGACAUACCCACAGCUACUUGAAAUGGACAAGAAACUGCUCAACUUGCUUCACAAUCUUCCGCCCUAUUUCCAAGCACGCAUCGACGACUCCAAAAACUGGCGGUAUGGCGACUCGACCUAUGAUAUGGAGCUCCUCUCCAUUCAAAUCACGGCUCACAACCGUCUCCUGCGUCUUCAUCGCCCCUACCUUGCCCGAGGCCUUGCUGAUCGGAACAAUUUAUCGAGAAAGCGCUGCGUCGAUUCCGCAUUCGCCAUUCUCGCCAUUCUGCGCCAUGCCAAAUCGCAUGCACCCGUCCUGCUCAAGGUCUGGAUCAAUAUCUACUACGUCUUCUCCGGCGCCCUCGUCCUCUUCUUGGACAUGUGCUAUGACGACACGAGCAGCGGCGCUGCGAGCAAAGAAGCAGAUGAAAAACGAAACGCGAUCCGGGAGAUCCUUGCUAUCUGCGCUACGGCCAGACACCUAUCUGCAGCGGCGAAGAACACACAGAGUCUGCUGCAAGGUCUUCUUGAUGCCGAAAUGGAGCUGAGACAGCCUCAGAACAUUGGCAACCCGUCUCAGAUGAAAGCACCGAAGAGGAAGCGGGCGAAGAGCGGAGACAACGCACCACAGCCAAGCACGCCCUUUGUUUCACUAGUCGAGCGGGUCUUGCUCGAUGCGGCCGCAAAAGACUCUUCUUCUUCGACAAGCUCUUUAGGACGGUCACCAUCCGACGCGGGCAUGUUUGAGCCGCCCGCCAAGCGGCACUCGACGAGCUUUGUUCGAGAUCGAGCGUCAACCUUUGCCGAACCGACCCAUCAUGGCCAGAGUCACAUGCGGCACAACAGCUACCAACAGAAGAGCGCGCCAACGCCGGGGAGCAAUCCCUCCUCGCCUUGGGGACCUCCGAACGCCUCGCGAUCGGCUACGACCCCGGGCGGUGCCUGGUCCGCAGCGAUGCACCCAUCACCCGCCACCCCGUCGAGCUACAUGACGAGCCCCUCGCUUCCUGGGCCUUCACACGAUGCCUCUAAUCACUCGAGCGGACAGCAAGCCUACCAUAUGGCCCAUCACCAUCAACCCGGCGUGCAGGGUCAUCAUCACCACCACGCCGCAGGACAACAGGCGCAGCCAGCAGCGACUGCCAGCGGCUUGUCCAGCUUAUUGGACGAAGACAUUUUUUCGGGCUUGCUCAUGAACGCUACCAUGGAAAGCAGCGACUGGGAGAGUGCAUUGGCCUUUGUUGCACCGACGCCACAGCAACAGCAGCAGCACCAACAGCAGCAGCAACACCAGCAACAGUUUCAUUCGUGAAUGAAAGAGGAGAG